UGUCUCGCUCGGUGACAACAAAGGCAGCGGGUCGGUCUGAGUGUCUUAUGAAUGUCUGCGCAAAUGGAUUUGCCGUGACGAGCACUUUCAUUCGCUGCCAGCUGUUGGUAUUCCUGGCGGGGUGUCGGGAUGCCAGCGACCACGGACUGGGAUUGGGGGACCAGAAAGAGAGUUUUUUUUUCUUUUGCUUUUUGCGUGGCAGAGGAGGGUGAACUCUGUAGCACCGGGAUUACCGACUAUCCGUGUGCCAUCAUCAGGACAGCCAUAAGCACGACCAUGGCCAGGACGCUCAUGCGUGCAGCACCAAGACCACAACCGACAGGGACCCCAACUUUGAGGGCGACUAUUCGCACGAGUCCUUGCUCUCGUUCCAGGAUGGUCAUGCGGUCUACGAACAACGCCAUAGCCAGGAACUUGCUCCCGUCAAGACUCGUCGGCAUCGCAGCACCGGUGCAGAUGGCAUCCGUCGCAGUGCGUCAGACCCCACUCCCAAUAGUAGUCUCAACCGCAGUAACACAUUCCCUCCAAGCCGCAGGACGGGUCGUCCAAAGCGCCUCUCGCUUGAUCAUGCAGCAUUCAUGGCAACCUAUCCCAUGCUCGAUGGACUGGGCGACACUAGCAAUCGCCAAACGAGCAAUGCUUUCGCUUCAAGAUCCUCGACGGUGCGCAAACAGCGUUCGCAAGAUACGAUGUCUGCAUCGCGGCCGUCGAUUUCUUCGAUCUCUUCGAUGGUCUCGGAUGCUUCGUCUUCGUCUUCGUUGUCGUCUGCUUCUCCAGUCCAAGAACCCCUCACGCCCACGACCAAUUCACCAAACUAUCGCAAGAGCUUGAAGAUGGAUCAGUCUGGAAAGUCGUCCGCCAAGGACCUGAUCAACCU